CCGAUUCCUUUGCUCUGCUCUUAGGAGCUCUCAGUCCCCUUCCCCUCCAAGAAGCGGGUGAUGGCGUGCAGAACGAUGGAGCAGAGCAGCAGACGCUUGGAAGACUUCCCUCUCAACGUGUUCUCUCUCACGCCUUACACACCCAGCACCGCCGACAUCCAGGUGUCCGAUGACGACAAGGCAGGGGCCACGCUGCUCUUCUCGGGCAUCUUCCUGGGUCUGGUGGGAAUCACGUUCACCGUCAUGGGCUGGAUCAAGUACCAAGGUGUCUCCCACUUUGAAUGGACCCAGCUCCUUGGGCCCAUCCUGCUCUCAGUCGGGGUGACGUUCAUCCUGAUUGCCGUGUGCAAGUUCAAAAUGCUUUCCUGCCAGUUGUGCAAAGAAAGUGAGGAAAGGGUCCUGGAUGCGGAGCAGACGGCCGGAGGGCAAUCCUUUGUUUUCACUGGUAUCAACCAACCCAUCACCUUCCAUGGGGCCACCGUGGUGCAAUAUAUCCCUCCUCCUUAUGGCUCUCAGGAGCCCAUUGGGAUGAACACCACCUACCUGCAGCCAGUGGUGAACCCCUGCAGUCUCAUACCAUCUGGAGGGGCGGUGGCCACCAUGCCAAGCCCUCCUCAGUACUACACCAUCUACCCUCCAGAGAACGCCGCCUUUGUUGAUGACCAGGACUACCUUUCCUUCAUGGAUGGUGGAAAUGACAGGUCCAGCCCUGAUGCUGAGCAGCUAGAAGAGACACAGCUGGGAGAUGUGGACUCUGCCACCUUCUCUCCUCCCUCCUAUGAGGAAAUAUACUCUCUCUCUCGUUAGAGACUGUGAUGCCCGGGGAACAACACUGAGUCAUGGCUGCUGACGACUGCAGUGUACUCUGCGCUGACCUUCAGAAGUUAGACAGCCCAGCAGCCCAGACAGCCUGACAGACACCAUGCAGCGUGGGGGAGGAGGAAGUGGGAAGUGAAAUGUCUCAGGUUAGUAAAAAUUAGGCUGGGACGAGGAAAUUCCCUUCCAGUACAGCUGGAAUCCCCUUCACGAGGUCAGGGAGCAGGCAUUUCACCUGUUUUCCCACCGUGCGCCUCUUCGCUACCAGAAGGCACUGUGUCUCAAUUGUAACUCCAGCAGCCAAGGGAGGAAUGACAUUGCUGUGACCUUGGGAGUUUCUGUCUAGUGGGAGUAGGGGCUGGGAAGGAAGGAGGGAAGAGAAAACAGGCUCAACGGGAGAUGUUCUCGGCCCCCAGAGAAGAGUCACAUGUCCCAAACAGCCGGGUUGCCACCCUGUGUCCCUUGAAGACGCUAAGUAUCCUAAAGGCUGCAAAAAAAAUACAUAACAUGAAAUAAAGAAUGUCUCCUUUUAGACCAGUAUUGGAUAGCUGGCGAAACCGCACAAUAUAAACAAUAACAGGGGAAUGAUGUCAAUAAAUCUUAAGUUAUCCCUGGGUCACAGUGACUCUGGGGCUGCUGGUGUUCUCCUUGGCAAGGCUGAAGCUUGACGCGUCUGCCCCAGGCUGGCAUCUGCGCUGGGCACAAACCACCCAGCCCAGCGGCCGACAGAACACGGGGUUUCCCUUCGCACCUGCGGAGGAGCUCUGUUGAAUUAGAUGAAAUAGAGCUGCCGUGUCGACACCUGGAAGAUCACAAAUCAUGGAAACAAUCUGUGUGGGCCAAGACAAGCUCAGCUUCUUUAUGAAAAACUUCAGUGCCCUUAAGCUUCCUGCAUCUGGACUGUGUCGUAAACAACCAGAGCAGACUCACAGACGUUAGGAGAGACAGGUUAAACCAUCAGGUUCUAAAAGAAAAUAUUUUCCUUAGGCUACAAAGGUAAGGCCGCUCAAGGUAAGGGGGGCUCAUUCCAAAGGAAGGCAGGAUGGAGCAAGCCUUUGACGUUGGUACCAUGUCUGUAUAUGGAGCGAUUUCUGCUACUUCUUUAUCAGAAGCAUCUAGUUUUCCAAGGAUAUGAUUAAAAUAAGCUUGGUAUAUUAUUGUUGUGAUUUAUAUUACGUCUUACGGAAAAAACAUUUUAAAACAAGAAUUCUUUUUAGUGUUUGAUGAUAGAAGGUGAUGGAAAAAUACCAUUCAGUUUAGAGAAACUAGCUUUAAUACUCAAUGUAUUCACGAAACACUGGAUUCCUAGCUGAGGGCCGUGGGUUCUGGGGAGGACGUUUGGUGACAGGAACACGGCCGAGCAUGCCUAUGGGCAGUGACUCUGGAGGCUGCAUGCCUGCCCUCCCACCCGCUCCCUCCUCAUCCUCACCCACCCCAUGGCCUUACAUUCCUGGCUUGGGGUUACAGGAGCAUCAAGGGUCGCUCACAUUGGAAAGAGAUGUUAGGAAAGGGCGUCCUAGUGUGGAAGCUGAGCGGAUAGGACAGCUGAUUUGUCUUGGUGAUGCCAGGAGUCCCAUAGGCAGGGAGUGGCCUUGGGGAGUUUUCAGGCAGCAGAGUCAUUUGGCACCAACCGUUCCUGUUCCAAGACAGAAAGUGCUACCACGCAGGUAAUUGAUGCUUCCGAAAACAGUGUGUCACAGCUAGUGGCUGAAGGUGGGAGGCCGGCCCACAAGUCAGGGGGUCCGAAGAUGGGAAUUUGUUCAUUCAUUAACACAUAUUAAGUAUCCACUGUGUCAGGACCCGGGCCAGCAGGUGGGGAUAUGACGGUGAGAAACCAAACCAGCAGGAGAGCAGACGUGGCCCUGCCCUCACGGAGCUUCAGUCUAGCUGGGGAGACAGAUCCUCAUCAAUUAUUCUCUGAUGCCAGUGAGGGGGCCGGUGAUUUGGAUGAGUCUGGAGGGUCCCGAGGGCCAUUGCCCUGAGUAACCCCAGGGAGCACUGUUCACUCGGAUGGCCAGGCGCCCGGUGUCUCUGGACCUCUGAAGACUGUCCUGGGAGCUGAGGGAACAGAAGCUGAUACCUAGAUCAAGGGGAGGCGGCAGACACCUGGCCAGUCCCCGAGUGGGAGGCGGUGUCAGGAGGCAGCCUGGAGGCUGCCAACCUCAUUUCAGUGCUGCCUCAGCCCUCAGACACAGCUGCCUUCCCACACCCAGGAAAUACACCCUGCCCUCUUGCUUGGGACAACCCCAUGAUGCUCUCUUUUUCUCUUUAUUUGGGGGUUGCAGGGGCCAGCAUGACGGGAAGCCCCCCGAGUGGCUCUUGGACUCUGACACCAGGUCUUUACUUGGUCCCUUGACCAGCAAGGACACAUUCCUGGCAGAGUUUCUGGUUUGUCGUGUGGCUAUGUGCCUUUCAUCAUUCUCUCUCCAGUAUCCUAUGGGGUGAAGGGAGCCCUGUGACCUGGGGAUAGUUAAUGGGAGUCUAUCUGGCCCUGGCUGUGUGCUCCACGCUGAGGUUAUCCGUGUGAGAAGUGGUCCUGGCUUGGGGCACAUGCUUUAAGGUUCAGUGUCCAGUCUGGAACCUGAGGGGCCUUGUCCGCCUCGUCAAAUGCUUCAGUCUGGCUCUGCAGAGCAGCUGCAAAGCCACUGAGCAGUUUUAAUGAGGAGGCAGCUGCCAUCUGAUUCUGGAUUCUUACUGGUAGGACAAGACCCAGAAAUACAUUGGUUGUAAUAUUUACACCCAAUGUGCUGUGCUGGCAGAGCCCAGGUCUAAGUGACCAGGAGACCAGAAGACACCCCUCUCUUCUUCCCUCAGCCUUUGGUAGGGCACUGUGGGUGGGCAUGCUUUGGCGAUCUAGAUAGAAUUCAAAGUGAGGCUAAAAGGUCUUGUUAAUCAAUGGAGACAGGUUUCUUAAGAACUUAACAUUAUCUGGAAACAUCUCCUGGGAGCCCAUAUGGCAUGGGCUAGAGAGACGGAUGACAACGGAUGAUCUGAUGGGGCAGGAAAGGAAUCAACCAGGCUUGGGAAAUGAGGCCCAGCCGCCAAGGGGAAGAAGCUGUCACAAAGAAAUUCUUCUUUUUUCUCCCCUUGGGCAAACAGAGGGCCGAGGUCUUGUGCAACUGGGUCUGCAUUACUCUCUUCCGCGGAAGUCCGUGGGGGCUCUGAGAGAGGUGGAGUGCCUCUGAGAGAUGGCAGCUUUUCUCUUAUGCUCCACUGAGCCAGGCUCCAGUCUAAGUUUCAAAUGCACCGGUGGCUCUCUGCCACAAAACCAGCCCUUUAAAUGUCCUCCCCACUCUUUUGGGGGGAGGGGUACAGUAUAAAAAUAAAGCCUCUUGCUUGUGAAGAGCUGGCUGUGGGCGUCUGGUUCCAGCUUCCACCUCGGGGGCUUGUCAUUGGCCUCCUUUACUGUCAGUCAGAUCUCAGGGGGAGGGUUCGCUGAAGCCCCAGACCCCCUCGACAGUUGGCGUUUCUCCCCAAACAGUAGCUGCUCACUGUAAUCAUGGGGUAGAUGCCUUCUUACCAACCGAGAGAAGAGAGGUUCCUGCAUGCAUCAUGGAGGCUGGCGAGGCCCGGUUCUCAGUCGUGACCACCUGUCACAACCGGGGCGCUGUCUGCAGAGGCCGCAGCUCACGCCACUCCACAGGCACCAAAGGCCCCUGCCAGAGCCCUCUCCAGGACUGACACUCGGUUCCUGUCGAAUAACAAAUAUGAAAUGAAUAGAAGUACCCUUCACACAAUAAAGGACCAUUCUAGCUCAACUUAGCUGUUUUGUUGUUUUCUACAUUAUGAAAAAUUUCAAACAAAUACAAGAGUAGAGAGAAUAGUGUAUAUGAAACCCCGUGCAGCCAUCACCCAGCCACAUCUCACGACCAGUCUUGUUUCAUUCACACCCACAAUUCCCCAACUGGAUUUUUAUUAUUUCUUCAGAGUUCUUCACCUUUUUAUUUUAUUUUUU